CGAUUGCAUCGACUGUCAACGGUGGAGAGACACGCGCCAUGGAGACAGAGGACAUUCUGAAGGGUUUUGCAGAUGGCAGCAAGGAAGGGAAUUCGGCUGGAGGGAACAACGCAGACUGUGCAGAGGCGCUUGCGACAAUAUGUGCACAGACUGCAGAGAUGAUGGGUGGUGGUGAUGAAACAGAGAAUGAUGCAGGAGGGAACACUUGUGAGACGAAAACGGUUGGGGAAGACAGAGAGGAGGGAGGUCUGGGAAGCAGGGAAUCUCUGACAGGGUGUAUUGUGAAAGAUGAAAAUGUGGUGAAGACAUCAGCAGGAGAAGAGUACCCAUACGACGUCAAUUGGGUGUCGGGUCGGAGUACGGCGUGCCACGAGAGCGAUGCGAGGAGGGAUCCUAGGUGGGGUUGGGUGCCAUGUGUGAUCCCGAUUCCAUGUGGCCGUGUGAGGAUGAUGAUGCGUGAUGCCAUGGAAAAUGUUUGGAACACGUAUUAUGUGAAUGGCAACUUCUCCUUCAGGCACCUCGACAGGGAGGUCUCAGAAGACGAGAAGAAGGCAAUGACAUGUCCUACCCAUACUGCUGGCUGUUUUUUCUCGCCGCUUCGGAACCCUGUGGAGUUGGAGAUGGUUGAAGGGAAAAUUUUCACUGGUGAGGAUGACAGCACAUACACGCAUGCAAGAGGGCAGGAAGCCACGUAUGAUGGACUAUGCUCGCAGAUAUGGGACCAUGUCACAAUGAGGACUGACGUUCUGUCCGCCAUGGACAUUGGGGCCCGUGUCAUCCCUGAAGGACAGUUGCAGCAGCAUAUGGCCCCUGAAAAGUAUGAUUAUCGUGUCAAUUGGGUCCCAGGAUGUUUGCAUCCUGCAGUGGUUGAUGGCAAGGUGACGAUGGCAGCAAGACUGCAAUCAAGGCAUUGGCUCCCAUUGGGAUGGAUUGUGGAGCAUUGGCAGUUCCUCGUGGUUCUGACACGUGUCUCAAUUUUCAAUGUGAAUGUAAAGGACCACGUGCUGGUGGUUGAACAUGCAAAGCACUGUUGGGAGGAGAUAAGGGAGGAGGAGCGUCAGAUGGUGUGCGCGGGUUAUGACUCCAUGGCUGACCAAGGGAUGUGGUCCAUGGUUGAGGGGAGUUGUACGGGCCAAGAGCACGACGACGGUCAGAACAGAUACAUGGCUCACAUUCGCCGCAGACACGGUUGCACGAUUGUUCUUGGUUGGGUCCCGGUCGUAUGUCCCAUGACAUAUGAGCAUGGUGGAGACGUCACCAUGAGAUUCAGAGACCCGCUUGGUGUGCCUUUCCAGCUGACCUACUCAGAUGGACUCCUGCGAGACAUUCGGUAUCUGUCGGAGAAUGACUUGGCAGGUUCAGUGCAGCCAGGCAAGAGGACAGAGAAACGCUCAGAAAUUUCCCGUUUGUUUGCUGAGGUGGAGGCCCAUGUGGUCCUGGUCGCAUCGGGGGGUGCUCUGCCGUUCUUGCGGCUCGUGCGCGAGGUUGUGGAGGAGGACAUUGCUCCGGGUAUGGGAGUGAGGUUUCAGAUGACGACAGUGUGUGCUUUGAUAGAGGCUGCCGAGGCGUCCCUGGUCGCCAAUUUCGAGAACACCAACGAGGUGGCCAUCCAUUCGAAGAGGGUGACGAUCCAGAGAGAAGAGGACGAAAUACAAACCGUACGCAUCAUGUCGAUGUCAGUAGCACAGGUGGAGGCUACUCUUGCAGAGGUAAUGAAGUAUGCAAAGGAGGACGUCCACUACAACGAUGACAGCGAGUUGUCUUUGCUUCAGGACAGGGUGCCGAGGUACUUCAUAGUCGCUGUGGAUAUGAGAUCCACGAUCAUAGCAAACGACGAGGGUUGUGUCAAAGCACGAAUACUCUUGCAACGCUUCAGAGAGUCAUCACAUGUACGUGUGGACAACGAUGAAGAAGACAGUGCAUACAGUCUAAAAGGAGUGGUCAAGUGGAUGUGCAUCGAAGGGAUGUGCGAAGAAGGAGACGUGGAUAUGACAAUGCAGCAGAAAGGGAGGACAUAUACACCUGCGAAUUUCAAGAAGUUGCUGGGCAUUGUGGCAUGGAAUAGGGGAAUGCUGGUUGAUGGGUCAAAUGACGAGUUGAAGAAUGGUGCUGCAGAAAUCUUGGUGUUGCCCAGAAUGAAGAACAUUACACAAACACCGCCAAAAGACUUUCAAGAUGUUCCUGUCAUUGUUGCAGAUGGUGUGGAAUAUAUUCUGCUGGAUCAACUUCUGGACUUCAUGAAAAAGAGUGCCGACGACAGGAACGUCAUCCAUGAGGCGUUGCACGAAGUCAUAGAGUUUGCACUGCAGGUGAAUCUCGUGAGCGAUGAGAGCGAGGACGUCGGGGCCCCCGAGAAUGUAGACGGGGAGGGUGGGAUAUUCGAAGAGCAGCAACCGCAGCCUGUCGAGUCUUUUGACAACUCUCGCAAGCUAGCGGCACAGAUUUUCUCCGCCAGGGGCGGCGUCCGUAUGUCGCAGAGCGACAUAGAUGCUCUCUUGUCACUUCUCACAGACCCGAGAUUCAACACGAGAGACAUCGCCGGCGUCGAGAACCGUCCACCCAAGGCCCCCGAGAAGAGGUCGCAGGAAGACGGAAUGUCAAAGGUGCACCGCAGGACAAAGAAGAGAAUCACGUACAAAAAUGACAGAAUGGUGGAGAUGAUCGAUGUGAGAGCCUCGGACGAUAUGCACAACGCGGCCCGAGAGGAAGCAGAAGAGGAACACGAACAGUCCAUAUCAGAAAAGUCUGACGGGGAGGAGAACGAGGCAACAAGUGACGAGGGAGGUGACAGUGAAACUUUCGACGGACAUUCUCGCGACACUCACGACGCUGAUGACGAGGACGGGAGGAGCAGCGACGGCACAACGCAGGAUGAGGGUGGUGACGGGGCAGGCGAAGAUGACAGAAGCGCGGACGGAAGAGGGAGUUCCUCAUCUCCGGAAAGAAUGGGACGCACGAGGGAACUCGAAAGUGGCGGCGAGGGAGGCGCAGCCGACGCACCCUCCAUUGACAGACAACUAGUGAGGCACGACAACGCAGUUAAAAAAGGUAAACAAAAUGUGCUGCAGUUGCUCCUCUUGCACAACGAUUACGUGGUAACGGCGCAAAGUGAUGACAUUUCCUUAAUGCGAGGAUGUCGCUGUGAUUAACGAACAGUUGAAACGGGCUUUCGAAUUUCGCAUGUGCGAAAAUGGGUGCGAAAUGCCGAGUUCUUAAUAAUAUUUUGUGCGUUGUAAUGUGUGUCUUCCAGCAGAUGGCACGAACUCGCAAAGAAAAGUGUGCGCGAGCAGGGGAGGACAACAACAAGCCAAUCACGAAAGCGGCAUAUUCUCGAAGAAAAUGAAGGACAUACUGUUCC